AUGUCUACAGCGGCAUUAGAGUCCCUUGCCCGCUGGGCUGUACCGGUCGGUGCACUGGUUGCCGGAUUACAGAGUAGCAUGUACAAUGUUGAAGGAGGGCAUCGUGCAGUCAUCUUUGACCGCCUCCGUGGGGUCCUUCCUGUAGUCGUCCCCGAAGGCACACACUUCCUUGUCCCCUGGUUGCAGAAGGCCAUUAAUUUUGACGUCCGAACAAAGCCUCGUAAUAUCUCCACAACAACCGGCUCAAAAGACAUGCAAAUGGUGUCCCUAACUCUGCGAGUCUUACAUCGGCCCGAACUUUCUCGAAUCCCCACUAUCUAUCAAAGUCUCGGUCCAGACUAUGAUGAUAGGGUUCUGCCUAGUAUUGGGAAUGAAGUCUUGAAGAGUAUCGUGGCACAAUUUGAUGCCAGUGAGUUGAUCACUCAGCGUGACCAGGUCUCUCUUCGUAUCCGCGAGGAAUUGAUGAAGCGCGCUAGAGAAUUCAAUAUUUUGUUGGACGACGUGUCCAUCACACAUUUGACAUUUGGUCGAGAAUUUACUGAAGCUGUUGAGCAAAAGGUAAUAGCGCAACAAGAAGCCGAACGCGCAAGAUUUGUGGUGGAGAAGGCGGAGCAAGAAAAGCUAGCGAGUAUUAUUCGCGCCGAGGGAGAAUCUCAAGCCGCACAAUUAUUGUCAGAUGCGUAUAAGAAAAGCGGCCAAGCUCAUUUGGAAUUGAGGAGAAUUGAGACCAGCAAAGAGAUUGCCGCGACACUUGCUAAGGCUAGGAACAUCACAUAUCUGCCGGGGGGAGGGGGCAGUAACGGAGCGAAUUUGUUGUUGAAUCUCGGGCAGUAA